CCAAAUUGGUGGUCGAGAUCCCCUCCUACUCCUAAAUGCCAGGCAUAGGCUACAUAAACAACCAGCCACAUCCACUCCCCUCAGUAAGUGAUUCUGCACGGCGGAGACCCCACUGCUCCAAAAUGGCCCUUGCAGACACCGAGAGCGGGAUGUCAAAUUGCAACGAAUUCUCCCCGUUUCCCGAAAUAAUCGAUUUGAAUGUCGGCGGACAAGUGUACGUCACCAGACACACAACUUUAGUCGCUGUCGCGGACUCCCUCCUCUGGACCAUGUUCAGCAAGAAGACCCCCAAAGAGUUGGCGAGGGACAACAAAGGACGCUUCUUCCUUGACAGGGACGGAUUCUUAUUCCGCUAUAUCCUCGACUAUCUGCGCGAUCUUAACUUGGUGCUCCCCGACUAUUUCCCAGAGAGAAGCCGCCUCCAGAGGGAGGCAGACUUUUUCCAGCUGCGGGAGCUUUCCAAGCGUCUGCUGCACCCCAAGAUGACUAAAGACGACUCCAUCAGCGAAGAGAUCUGCCAGAGUGACCCCGACGAAGGCGCGCCCCAGUGCGGCGCCAUGGACACUUUACGCAUGGACACUUUACGCACGAUCACCGCGGUGGGCAGCAGCCCUCGCUCGCCUUCCCUCGACUCCAGGAAGUCCGGGUACAUCACGAUAGGAUACAGGGGCUCAUACACGAUCGGAAGAGACAUCCAGACCGACGCAAAGUUCAGGAGAGUGGCGCGCAUCACCGUGUGCGGGAAGACCUCCCUGGCGAAGGAAGUGUUUGGAGACACUUUGAAUGAGAGCAGGGACCCCGACCGUCCGCCGGAGAGGUAUACGUCCAGGUAUUACCUGAAAUAUAAUUUUUUAGAGCAGGCGUUUGACAAACUGACAGAAGUGGGCUUCCACAUGGUGGCCUGCAGCUCCACUGGUACGUGCGCCUACACGAGCAAUGAUCCAAACGAGGACAAAAUCUGGACAAGCUACACUGAAUAUGUUUUUUGUCGGGAAUAAGCGUUGCUUCCUCCCAGUAAGGUCUAUUCAACGCCAAGAGAUAGGAAUAGUGUCUAUUUGUAGAUAGAAAUAUAGCGUAAGAAGGUCUGUAUUUAAUGGGCAUCUUCGACAGAUGAUGGCCACUGUCAGGAUGGUAGUACCACCAACCCCAACCAUCUGCCUGCCAGCAAUUGGACAUUAAUCCAAACACAACGAAUGGUUGUGAAAAAAACGAAGAAUCAGUAUUCAACAAAGGAAGCUGUAAUCAAAUGUAAUAACCUUUCAACUAAAAGUCAACACCAAAGCAUUAAUAUCAUCAAACCCAUUGCGCACAGUUUCUGUUUUAGUUCACACUAUUUAGCUAUAUUUUAGUCCUCUCUGACCGUGUGAAGCCAACAGUGUUCCAGGAUCCAGACAUUUUGACAGUAUUAUUGUAACAAACAUGCUUGCUUAGCAGUCUGUUUUGUCUACGUUUUGUAUAUUAUGCAACUUAGCAAUGACUAACCGACAUAAUUACAAUAGUGUGCACUGUGUGCUUGUUAUCGUGAAAUAAAAUCUUCUACCUAUCAUGUUCUCAACAUCUUGUUUACUUUUUAUACUCAUGCCUAACAUCUACUAUAUUUUACCAGUAGACCCUUCAACUAAUGCUGCGGUUGAAAGAACCAAGUAAAAAUAAAAACAGAUAAAAACAAACAUUUCCAUUACAAAAAUAAAAACAAACAUUUCUUAUUCAUUAGUGAUUUAACAAAAAAACAUGGAUGACUGCGUAGAUGACUAUGACUUGAAACAUGUGCUUGAAUAAAGAAACAGUAGAUGUACUACUAUUAAACUCCAUAUGUCAAAGUAGUAAAUGUGUAAAUUAUACAAUAUGAAUCAAGAAUCUAUCAUCAUAAAGUAUUGAUGAUUGUUCUGCAUUGUGGGCAUGGACAAUGUGGAUAAUUACACAAGGAUCGUUAUCUAUGUGUAAUGACCCUGUGAAUGAGUGUGGCUUCACAUACAUGUGCAUGUGAGUGUAAAUGCAGGCAAGGGAAAGCAAUUACUGGGGCAAGACAUUGUGCUUUCUGCUCCGGAAGCAUGUCAGAUGUGACACAUUACAGCUGGUUGUAAAUGUUUUCAAAAUAUUUCUAGAUAAACACUGACCCAAAUA